AUUACUAGUAUUAGUCGAGGAUACCUUGUUGGUUCAUGCCACAGACUUGUUGAUCGUGGAGUGAUUGGAGUGGAGUUGUCGUAUGACGCUGUGGGAUGAUGCAAAGUGAAGAAGGGUUGGCAGCGCAUGCCAGCUCCAGGAAGCGACGAUGGGCUGAUGGCGUGCCAGAGAAUACGCGUACCGAUGUGUCGGAAAUGCAACGAAAGGUGUCCUUCAUCGAACAGGAGUAUGCUGAGCUGCAGAAGGAAUUCGAACUGCUGAAGAAGAUCAUGAAUCCAGAACAACUUGCCAAAGUUAUGGUGAAAUUGGAGAAAGAAGCGUCAUGUCAUAGCUAUGAGGAAGGUAUGCAGUGUGAUGAUGUGGAGGUGAUUCUACCAAUACCCACUGAUGAAUCUCCAGCCAAUGAGGAUGCUGAUACCAGCCAGCCAGCAGCAGCAGCGGCAACAGCAACGAGAUCAUUGAAAGCUGUACCAGCCUCAGGCAGCAAUGAAGAGAUGCAGGUACUGUUCAGCCGAGAGCCGGCCACUGCCGAGUUUCCGCACCAGCGUCCUGAGUGCUUCCGCCAUCGCUUCGUGAAGGCCCCUGACAAGUCCAACAAGCAGAAUGAAAGCUACUGUCCGAAGUGUUUCUGCUUUGUCUGCGACCGGCCGUGCUCUGAGUGUUUCUUCUGGACAAGUGGCUUCAUGCCACAUUGCAAUGCUUAUCGUACUGUGAGCUGGCGUCGGUGUCGUGACCUCAGCAAGGUCAGUAUUGUGGCCAAUCUUGAGGAUGAGUUGAAAAUUCCUGACAUAGAGCGAGUUUAUGCGAGUAUGGAUUCAGUCCAAUCUAUCCAAAAGAUUGCCAAGAAUUGUCCAGGCUCUGCACAGAAUGUUGUCAACCUUGGAUGUGAUUGUGCGUGUCAUAACGAUCUGUGGUCAACCCACUGUUCUUACUGCAGCGACAAUCACCCAUCCGCCGCUCGUUUGAAAGGCGUGGUAAUUGCCGGCUGUCGCAAGGUGCGUGAGCAAGUGGAGGCGCUGCGGUCCGAUGCCGCCGGUGUGUUGCUCCAUGCACUGAUUGCCGCAUUCCUGGCUGACCUGGACAAGUUCACUAGAGUUGGCUUUGUAUCGUCCUUUACACCAUCCGAGUGUGUUAUAGAUCUGUGUAAAGAGUAUGGGAAACUUCAGGACGAGGAUCGUGUUAGUGAAGGUCUAUGGGACAAGAUCAAGGCCAAUCUAAAGCAGAGAUUGGAAGCCUGCACGGUGAAGGUCAUCAAGGACGAGUUUGAUAGAGCAUUUCAAAUUCGCUCGGCAUCGGACCCGGCUUUGAAGAAUGUGUUGGCUGGCACCCUUGAAGCCAAUGUGCGGUUUGGAGAGGCACCGCAGCAAAUACAGAAUCGUAUCCAAAAGAUGAUUGAAAACAAGAGCCACCUUCAACUAUGCCGAUAUGCUGUCAGCGUGUUCCCUACCAACCUCUACACUAUCUCAAGCGUUGAGGAGAUCAGGACGUUUUGCCUGCUGCGUGACUGCAUUCCGUUCGCGCUGGCAAACCUGAAGCACCCGUUGCAGGCGGUGAUGAUGGCUUUGCAUGACUACACGUCACCUCUACCGGAUGGCCUCUUCAAGUUGAUUGGUGUCAUCAAGCCACUCGCCCAGCCAGCGGUGAAGACCGAACAACUACUGAAUGCGUGUGAAAAUGCUGUUUAUUGCUGUCUUCGUCAUGACAGCAAGGCUCCUGCUAAGCUAUGUCCUGCCUUCAACGUCCAUGCUCAUAAGAUUGGUCAUAUGAUAGCCGGCCACCGUGUUCUGAAAGUACUGCUCGACGUUUAUGAUACUCUGCCAGAGAGGAAUACAACAGAUCUUGGCAGCAGCAGUACUAGCGGCAACAAUUCUAGCAGCAGUGACAGUGCUACUGCUGCGGGAGGCCAAAGCUCAGUAGGAAGCAACAGUGCGAGGCAGGAAGGGGUGGGAGCGUGCACAGCUACGCUAGCACGGGUCAGUGCUGUGUCUACUUCAGCUGCGCCGGCUACUGUAAGCACAAGUGACCAGGCGACAACGAUGACCAGUCUUACCUCAGCCGCCGCUACAACAUCAGUCGCUGCUGCCGCUACUGGCACUGGGAGUGCUGCUGCCACUUCUACUCCCUCACUCGCUGAAAUGGGUGCUGCGAUACUCACGGCGGUAUCUGCUUUGGCACAGUCAUCUUCACAGGCCUGCAGUGCUGAAUUUGUCCGCUUGAAGGCCGAUCGCAAUAGCCUACGCGAGGCUAUUGUCUGCCUGCUGGCCAUCUGGGACUUGAAUAAUGUAAUUCAUGGCUCCAAGAUGGAACAUGUUCCGGUAAAUGUUGUCGAGACAGAGGCACACCUCUUCAAAGGAUUCAAUCCGCCAGAGAAAAUAUGCCCCGACCUUGGUCGCUUGAAGAAGAUAAAGACCAUGUGCUAUCCAUUGGAAGCGUUAGCCGUAGGUCGACCCAGGCCUGGUGCUUUAUUUGCUUUGGCCAAAGACAGUAAAUGCGACAUCCAGGUGGUUCUUCUCGAAGUAAUGGCAUCAGUUCAUGCACCCAAGUCUUAUCUGAACGUCACAUCUGAAAAGUACAUACAGAGAUCAGCCAAGUACCAGGGCAGCAUGCUGUGGCUGAGCUGCGUCGAUUUCUUCAUGUCCACCUCUCUUCCGUCGUCACCAGCGCCGAAAAGCAGCGAUGCCGUCGAGCCCAAAGUGCCGUUCCUUGAUCAUUAUGUGCCGCAGUAUGGUCUGCACGGUUGGCUGCUUGAGCAUUACAAAAAGUAUAUGGCCAAGAGUGAUCUUCCUAGCCAGUUUAGAUUCCUGUCUGCUUUGCUGACUGCCUGGAAGGCUGGCACCGUAGAUGCAGAAGGCAUAGAUUGGGCAAAGGAAAUGCCUGCCAUGGCCCAGCAAUUCGUUGAUGGUAUGUUUACUGCACGCAGCGCUGCGGGCCGUUCGUCCAAUAAGCUGAAAUCCGACUAUGGAAUGAAACUGCAGCUCCAGUUCGGCGACCUAUUGCCCAACUUGAGCACUGAUAUUUUCCACGUGAAGACCGUGGAGGAACAGUUUUUGGAUGCACCCUCGACAAAGACGUUACAUUCCUUGAAAGAGGUGUUCAAGUCAGCCAAUGACUACCAGAAACAUGCCGAAACAGUGCUUGACGCUUGUCGAAAUUCAUUGCCGUAUUAUGACCUGAUAAAGAAAACGGAAAAUCAGGACAAGUGUGCGAUUCUCCUCCAGAUUUGCUUUGAGGAGGGUUUUAUCCCGUUGGCUGUCAAAGUUCUGUCUGCUUGGAAAGGCGAGCACUGGCAAUGGAGUCUCACAAAGGUGACAGUUGCAGCUAUCGAAUCCUUUGCCGCGAAGAGGGAGAAGGAACCAGAAGUGCUGGACAAGUUCUUGGAGCACAUGGCUGAGUUUUUCGUCGACUGCCUUCGCAUUCAGUCUGGUCACUGGGCACGGCCCGAUGACAAGGACGUGUACAAGCACCACGCAGCAAUAUUUGAUGCACUCCACAAGUGUUCACCCGCGUCAGUGGAAAAGGCGUUUAGAGAAGCCCUGGCGAAGACAGUGCAGCAAAUCGAGUCCACAAGGGUAGAGGUUUCUUACAGGGAUCGGCUGUGCGUGUGGGUGAAAACGCUCAAGGCCAAUUACACAAAGUAUGGCUUUCCAGAGAAAUGGCGAGCCGAUAUUCAUGGAUUCUUUAUGCGCAUCCGCAAAAGUCAUGUCAAGAAAGCGGUUCAACUGGCUAUCGGCCGAUGACACAAUACUCUGGUGAAUAAGCAUCAGCUCAGUGAAGCUGGACUACUUACGACAGCCAAUCUCUGAUGUUCUUCGCCGGCAGCCAGCCGAUAAUGAGCUUUUAUCCCUGUCGUGGCUUGUUCGAUGCUCUCAGCAUGGACAUGUGUCUUAUAUGAUGCAGUGUAGCUAUGACGAGUUGUCCAUGAGUGAGUGACUUGCUUGCAACCUGAAAGAGAACAGUGACUUCCCUUCGUAUGCUUUUAGAUGUUCUGGCAAGAAAUCCCAAGCCCGACUUAGGUGUGCGGUCUCCUUUUCAGCUGCAAAAGUCCAACCUAUCCUAGCUCCAUCCUGACGCUCUCUCAGUGUUCGCGCCGAAGUGCUCACCGUUCACUGUUCCAUUCUUUGACGUUUUGCCAGAAACAAUAGCACCGGUGCGCACAUACACAGAUGACCGAGAGUCCAAGAUAGCGUUACUCAGAUACGCAUGUUUGCAGGUCGGCUGUAAGCAAUGCUCUCUACUGCUCCGUGCUAUGAUCGUCGUCCAAACCCCAGCCCGGCUGUUCUACGUAACAUCCAACUGCUUGCCCAGCGUUGGUUCACUCAUCCGAACUCAUGUUUGUAUAUCAGAAACCAUGACAGCAUAACCGUGUGUGUGUUGCAAUUCCAGAUUGUAGGGUUAGUGUUCUCGGUGUGUUUCCGUGUUUUAUAAUACAAGCAAAAACCAAACAGGACUAGUGUAGUAGUAAUCACCGCGACGUCUGAACAUGCCCUUGCGUUCCCUGGCUGUUCAGCAUUCUCUCUCUUUUUUCAUGCUUCGGCUGUGACAGUCCAGUUGCUGGCCUGGGCUAGUAGUAGGACUCCCAUAGUGGUCCCGUAGUGUCCUGGUUUGCUCAGCCUGUGUAACUUCAAACCAUAACCAACGACACGUACUACAUGUAACCAGGGAGUCAUAAAAUACCGGUAUUUUACGACUCCCUGCCUGUAACUACAUCACCAUUGUAGUUAUCUGGCAUGCUAGUCCUAGAUCUUGUUUCCCUCUUUCUCCCAUUCAUCCGCAUUACUUGUAGUGAUGUUACUUUUGGUCCAGCUGACAGCCUGUCUAUAAGUACCUGAACAUACCUCGAAGAGCGGUUCCCCCACCCACCUUUUCAGCUACCUCUGCUGCUGCUUGACCAGUGUAAUCGUGGCUUAGCAGUUAGAUCUCUUGCUUUGUUUCAUUUCCUUAGCAGUUAGGUCUCUUAAGCUCUUGCUUUGUUUCAUUUCCCAAUUCCUAUACAUGUGUUUAGUCCUCAUGAGCUUGGCAGUUGGUGCUGACUGCCUAACCUAUA